UGCAGGAGCAACAGUGUUCAAAUGGAAAAGUGAUUUUUAACACACGUGACUGCAUGAGUUUGCGGUCGUGAUUGUGAAAAAAAAAAGAUAGGGACAUUGACGGCGACAAGCCCAAUGUUUUUAAUCAAAGAGGAUGAAGGAAUUGUACAGUGACAAUGCGGGAUCACACGUCUGGUGCUAAUGUGGAGGAGCUGCUGAGGCAGUCGCAGAUGGAGUUGCAGUGGAUCCAGAGACAGCUGGCCAUGAUCGCUGCCAGAAACGUACACCAUCAUCACCUGCACAACAAGGGCAAGUCAAGGUAUGAGGUUCCAUCUCAGCAACCGACAGGCCUCUCAGCGUACAAUGUGAACCGCUUUCGACUCCUGGAGGAGAGAAACCGAUCUCUGAAGCUUGAAGUAGCCACGCUUCGCCAAGAAAAACAGCACUAUAGGAAAUUGAGAGCAAAGCUCCAUGCUGCCCUGCAGGAGAAAAACCGCUUGAACCUCGAGCUGAUCAACCACCAGCUGAAGGCAUCUAAAUAUGAACAGGUGCGAUCAGAUUAUGAUCAGCUGAGACAAACCCUUGCUGUAGUGAGCCAGGAGAGGAGCCAGCUCCAGGGACAAGUGGAGAGCCUGGAACAGCUCUUAAAGCAUAUGCAUGAGGCUGUCGAGCUGAAGCAGCAGCUGCAGAUAGAGCAUGAGCAAGCCUUGGUGGCCCUUCAUACCAAGCAGAAGGAGAUCAAUCAACUACAAAAGGCUCGGGUGCAAGCUGACCAAGAGCAUGAGGAAGCAGUGCAGUUGUUAGAGGUCAAGGUUUGUGACCUGGAGCAGAGAUGCAGGUCACAGAGUGAACACUUCCGCCAGCUGUCCAAAGAGCUGCUGAAUUUCCGUUUGCAGUCAGAUACUGUAGACAUCCGUAAAUUCAACCCCGACGCCACGCUCCAAUUCCCAAUUUCACCAGAAAAGAAACUCACACAGGCCGUCGUUGGAUUUGAAGCCCGACCAGAAUCAGGCAAUGAGAACACGGCACACACGCCGCUGCUGAUCUCCCAGUUCUUUCCCUGCUUGCCGGAGACUGGACACAGACAACAACCACAAUUGCUGUGCGUCAAAUCUUAUACUGUGACAACAGGCCGUCCCAGCAGCCCUCGACCGCUGACCUCAUCAGAGAUGGAGGAUGAGGCCGCCCCAUCACCCAGGUCCAAGCCUCGCUAUACAGGCCAGGUCCGUCUUUGCACUGCCCGCUACAGUUAUAACCCUUACGAUGGACCAAACGAGCAUCCUGAAGCAGAACUCCCGCUUGUUGCUGGGAAGUAUCUGUACGUUUAUGGAAACAUGGAUGAUGAUGGCUUCUAUGAAGGGGAGCUGCUGGAUGGCCAACGGGGACUUGUUCCCUCCAACUUUGUGGAAUUUGUCCAGGACAAGGAGAAACCAGCGAUUCAGGCAGGGGAGGGAGGAGACAACAUGGGCCCACUGGACCACACACCCUUAGCCUUGAUGGCGAUCGAUGGAGGGGCCUCCCAGGAUGGUCAUCUCGGCUCAGCAAAUGCCUUGGUUCCCUGUAGCAAUGGGACAGGGGGACCCAUGGAUCCUGAUGACCUGGCUGAAGAUGCUGUGCCUUAUCCCCGAAAGAUCACCUUAAUCAAGCAACUGGCACGAAGUGUUAUUGUGGCCUGGGAGCCUCCGAUAGUGCCUUUGGGCUGGGGGAACAUCUCUGGCUACAACGUGUUAGUAGACGGUGAACUCCGCGCCAGUAUACAGUACGGCGGCCGGUCCAAGUGUUUGCUGGAGAAGCUGGACCUGGACGGCUGCGUUCACCGCGUCUCCGUGCAGUGUGCCACCGACCGGGGCCUGUCAGACGAACUGCGGUGCACUCUGCUGGUGGGGGCCAAUGUGGUUGUGGCGCCAUGUGGUCUGCGGGUGGACGACAUCCAGCGUGACACUGCUGAGCUCUCCUGGUUGCCUAGCAACAGCAAUUACGGUCACACUGUGUUCCUGGAUGGAGUAGAGCACGCGGUAGUAAAGCCGGGGAGGUAUAGACUACGCUUUCACAACCUGACGCCCCUGACGGUGUACAAAGUGACGGUGGUGGCGCAGCCACACCAGGUGCCAUGGCAACUGCCGCUGGAACAGAGAGAGAGGAAAGAAGCCGGUGUGGAGUUCUGCACUCAAGCUGCAGGUCCAACACCAUAUUGCAGAACAGGCCCUCCCCUGCCUCCCCUUGACGUGCGGGUGCUCUGUGGGCAGGCUCCGGGGGUCCUACAGGUCUGCUGGAAGCCUCCAAUCCUCUCUCCCACUGGCACUUCUAAUGGAGCUAAUGUCAUUGGUUAUGCAGUAUGCACUAAAGGACAGCGGAUAGCUGAGGUGUUGUACCCAAUGGCAGACUAUGUUACCGUUGAGCUGACAAGGAUUCAGUGCCUGGAAGCCAGAGAGGUCAUUGUCAGGACGCUGUCAGUACAGGGAGAAUCCCAGGACUCCCAAGUCGCUUUUAUUCCAAACAACCUGCUUGUGCCUCUACCUCCGAUUCCCCUGCCCCCACCGCCAAUGCACCCGCACACAGGCCCCCCUCCACACCCCCAUGUGCAACCCCAACUCCAAUCCCCUCACCUUCCCCAUGCCACGCCCCAACUUCCUCCUCCACCCCAGGUACACGGACAACCGCAUCCUCCACACCCUCAACCCCACCCCAGACCACCCCAUCCAGGUGGACCUCCGCAACCCCAGCUUCGACCCCCACAUCCCCAGCCGCUACAUCUCCAGCCUCGUCUACCCCACCAAGGCCCCAGGCCCCAGCAUCAACUGCCUCUGCUGCCCCACCCCCAACCCCACCCUGUACCUCAGAGACCAGUAAGUGCCAGAGACCUGGAUGCCAAAGAGCAUGCGGCCCACCACGGAGGAGGCAUUCCACCUGGCCAGCCCGGUUGGGACCCCAAACGCUCGCCCUCCUCCCAGCCUCCCGUGCCCAUGCAAGGCCACACCCUUGAGGCCCCUCCAUCCGACAAUCCACGUUCGCCCUCCCCCCAGAGGAUUCUCCCGCAGCCCAGAGGCACACUGAUCCCAGACACCGUGGCCAAAGCUAUCGCCCGAGAAGCAGCGCAGAGGGUCGCGGCGGAAAGUGGCAAGGGGGACAGGAGACAGGGCAGAUAUGGAGAGCAGGGUCAUUCAUUUUACCAGCACCACUCUGAUGAGGAAGAGGAAGACGAGGAAGGGUUUGCACGCGGCCGCCGGAGAGGACCCUCAGUCGACGAGUUCCUCAGAGGCUCCGAGCUGGGGAGGCCGCCUAACUAUAGUCACAAUGAAGACUAUCACAGCGAGAGCAGCCGGGGCUCAGACCUGUCUGACAUCAUGGAAGAGGAUGAGGAGGAGCUGUACUCUGAGAUGCAGCUGGAAGAGGGACGUCGACGCAACUCGCACAACACAGCCAAGACAAACACUCCCGGUGGAGGAGGUCAUAACCGCGAGACAGGUAGAAGAAUUCAUCAUGGUGGUCCCCAACCCCAGAGACGAUCUCUAAUGGUCCCUUCUAUUGAGGUAACUUCUGAGAAUAACAGUGAGGGAAACCUCUCCCCCAUCAACGAGGAUGUUUACUAUGGCAAAGUAGCUCGGCACAGGACACGGUCGUCUCGCAGGCACAUGGGCGGCUUCAGGUCUCCCCAUGACGGAUACAGAGAUCGGGAUCGCCGCUCCCCCACGUACUACGAUGAGUCAGAGACUGAGGAGUCCUUUAGGAUCUUUGUGGCCCUGUUUGACUACGACCCCCUGUCCAUGUCUCCAAAUCCAGAUGCCGCUGAUGAGGAGUUGCCCUUCAAAGAGGGGCAGAUCAUUAGGGUGUAUGGUGAUAAAGACACAGAUGGGUUUUACAGAGGAGAAGUGAGGGGCCGGAUGGGGCUCAUCCCCUGUAACAUGGUGUCAGAGAUUCGAGCGGAGGACGAGGAGACCAUGGACCAGCUCAUCAAGCAGGGCUUCCUGCCUCUCAGCACACCUGUGGACAGAAUAGAGCAUAACAAAAGGGGCCUCCGUCGAGAUCAGGCCUCGCGGAGGAUGGUGGCUCUGUACGACUACGACCCUCGGGAGAGUUCUCCUAAUGUUGAUGUGGAGGCCGAGCUCACCUUCUGUGCCGGUGACAUCAUGGCUGUGUUUGGUGAUAUCGACGAGGACGGCUUCUAUUAUGGUGAGAUCAAUGGCCACCGUGGCCUGGUUCCCUCUAACUUCCUGGAAGAAGUGCCUGAUGAUGUGGAGGUGUAUCUGACCGAUAAGCCGUCCCACUACCCCCAGGAGGAGCCCGCCAACCGGCCCCCUGCCAACUCCGCCGCCUCCGUCUCGGAGGGCAAACGGGUCGCCACGGAAACGUCGGACGCGGCCGACCACAACGCCACCCCCGUCCGCGCCCCGUCCCCGAUUGUUCGCCCCCUUCUGCCGGGCACCAUGAGGCCCCUCAGCCCCACCAGGGGCCCCCACAUCCCGCUGGACCCCCGCGACCCUCACGACUUGGCGAACAAGAAGAAGAAAGGACUACUCUCCAAGGGGAAGAAGCUGCUGAAGAGGCUUUCCCCCGUGAAAUAAGCAACAAAACAAAAAAGCAUAUACUGUAUAUGUACAAUAUGUGCACAUGCCAGGCUCUGUAUAUUGCAUCCAUACAAUCAACUCUGAUCUGACAGCUCGUGUCAGAGAGGACGUGAGCGCCGUCUCAUGGACUAUAUUUGAGCCUAUUUAAGUAUAACCAGUGACUUAAUUAUUCAUGUUUCACUAGAGGAAUACGAAUCAACAAAAAUAUGUACAGUGCAGUGCCAAAAUCAAGAGAAGGGGUCACCCACAGACCAGAAUAUAUAUAUUACUGUGAUGUAUUUUAAAUCAACAGAAAAAAAAAG